CUGCCGCUCAAGCAAACCCCUCCCCUUCCACGACGCUCUGCUCGGCUUUUGAAACGAGGAGCAGUCCGAACCCACGGUGCCGAGUCGUUCCGCGGGCGGGGGAAGGAUGCAGUAGCUCUCGCCAGAAAACCGCUCCAGGCAGAAAGCGCAGGCUUCUCCAGGCUUACUCUGCAGAAAGCCUGGCGGUGUGCUGCCCUUCACUCGGUGGAGAUAACCUACCUGCUGACUGUCGGCGUGGCCUUCAAAGAAAGACGUUCAGGUCGCACCAAGAUGACAUCACCCUCGCCGACUCACAGUGACAGCAGUGGCUCCUCCAAGCAUGACAGCAACCAGGAUAGCUGGGAGAUCGUGGAGGGGCUCAGGGGGGUUCCUGCCAGUAUGCAAGAGCCUGACAGACAGGAGGGCUUUGUGCUCAAGAGGAGGAAGUGGCCUAUGAAGGGCUGGCAUAAGAGAUACUUUGCGUUGGAGAGAGGAAUCCUGAAGUAUGCAAAGCGUGGAAGUGACUUGCAGAAGGGCAAGAUUCAUGGCUGCAUAGAUGUCGGCCUCUCCGUCAUGUCAAUCAAGAAGAAAGCCAUGUGUAUCGACCUGGACACCGAGGACAACCUUUAUCACCUAAAGGCUCUCAACGGCGUGCUCGUUCUCAUUCACUGUAAUGGCUCCCAGGUGAAGUCCCCAGAGCUGUUCGAGGAGUGGGUGUCAAAGCUGCGCCACCACCGGGUGUUUCGGCAGAAUGAAAUUGCGAUGUAUCCCCAUGAGAGGCACCUCUUCCAUCCCCAUUCCUCCUCCUCUCCCCCCUUUAGCGACUCGCUUAGAAAAAGGUCAACCCUCACCAAGCAGGCGUCAGUCCACCAGGCAAAAGUCAGCUCCUGGCUGCACUCCUCCGAGGACAUGAACAAGUGCUCCAAAGAGUUGGAGGAAUGCGAGGCUUAUCUGAUGGAACUCAACCUGCUGCUGAAGAGCAUGGAGGUCAUGCACCGCACCUAUUCUGCCCCAGCCAUCAGUGCACUACAAGCAUCUACUUAUGACAUCCCAAAGAAAGAGAAGAGGCCACGGAGAUGGCGAUCCAAAAACAACGGCAAAGAAACCAAAAGCACACUACAGGUUCCAAGCUGCAUCUCCUCACAGUCCCCCCGCCUACACGCCUCCAAUCCCAACCUCUCCACCACAGAGUCAGCAGCCCAGGAGGUCUGUCCUGAAUCCCCCGACUCGCCUACAAACGUGUCCCGUCUACAGGAGGACUUCUGCCGGCUGGCCAACAACAUCCACGUUUCACUAAAAACAGCGUACAGUUCACUGGUGGCAGAGAGAGACAGACUAAAGCACACCAUUGACCUGCAGGCCCCCCAGCCGGCUCAGGUUAUGGGCCUGAAGGCUGGCUACUCCUCAGAGUGUGCCGGCUCACCCCACUCGCUGGUCCACCAGGUCUCUAACGAGAGCAAAGCGUCCAUUCCGGAGUCCAUGUUGGAGUUCUUUGAUGCUCAGGAGUACCUCCUCUCCUCUUCUUCAUCUGAAAAUGAGGUGUCGGACGAUGACUCGUAUAUCAGUGAUGUCAGUGACAGCAUCUCCAUGGACACGUACGACGGAGGCAGCGAGAGACACAACUCCGUGAGCAGUGUGGUGAGCCAGCCCCGCCGGCGCUCCAAACUGCCGGCCCCCUGCCCCUCCAGCAGCAUAAGCCUGUGGAACAUCCUGAGAAACAACAUCGGUAAGGACCUGUCCAAAGUGGCCAUGCCCGUGCAGCUCAACGAGCCCAUCAACACCCUGCAGAGGCUGUGUGAGGAGCUGGAGUACAGCGACCUACUGGACACCGCCAACCAGACGGAGGACCCCUACCAGCGCAUGGUGUACGUCGCCACAUUUGCAAUAACUGCCUAUGCGUCCACCUACCAUCGAGCGGGAAGCAAACCCUUUAAUCCCGUCCUCGGAGAGACUUUCGAGUGUGACCGACCUGAUAAGGGCUUCAGGUUUAUAGCGGAGCAGGUGAGUCAUCACCCCCCUGUUUCAGCGUGCCAGUCGGAUUCGAGGAACUUCAGCUUCUGGCAAGAUGUACGAUGGAAAAACAAAUUCUGGGGAAAAUCCAUGGAAAUAGUUCCCAUAGGAACCACACAUGUCACACUACCUGCCUUCGGGGACCACUACGAGUGGAACAAAGUGACAUCCUGCAUCCACAACAUCCUCAGCGGCCAACGAUGGAUCGAGCACUACGGAGAGAUGGCCAUCAAGAAUAUCAACAGUGAUGUUUGUCAGUGUAAAAUAACGUUUAUCAAGGCGAGGUCAUGGAGCUCUUCAGUGAACGAAAUAGAGGGUGUCAUUACAGACUCCAAUGGAAAAGUAGUGCACUCCAUCUUUGGAAAAUGGCACGAGUCAGUGUUUCAAGGGGACCCGCCUUCUGCCACAUGUAUCUGGAGAGCAAAUUCGAUGCCAGUGGAUCAAGAGCAGUACUACGGCUUCACCCAGUUUGCAAUAGAGUUAAAUGAGCUGGACUCCAACUUAAAAUCGCUGCUGCCCGCCACAGACACGCGCUUCAGGCCGGACCAGAGGCUGCUUGAGGAGGGCAACGUAGACGGAGCCGAGGAGCAGAAACAGAGGAUAGAGCAGCUUCAGAGGGAGAGGAGGAAAGUGCUGCAGGAAAACAACAUGUCCCACCAGCCACGCUUUUUCAAGAAGUCUAAGGAUGACACGUGGGUGAGCAACAACACAUACUGGGAGCUACGCAGGGAGCCUGGCUUCAGCAAAUUCGACUUCCCUAUUUUGUGGUGACCUGGAUUACAUAAAAUCCUUCUAGUCUGACUACGGCGAGGGAAGGAAAAAAAGUGACCUAAGACCGGUAUCCGACGGUCAUCAUAACGCACCCUGUGUCACAGUGACCACAACCCUCAUGGCCCUCGCUGCUUCUCGUUUCUGAACUGGAGGGAACGGAGCCAAAAGAACUUUCUUUGUGCGUGGUUUUGGUACUGUAGUUUAUCAUGUUUCAGCAGAAAUAACCUUUAUUUACACCAUGCCAGUGUACUAAACAUGCAUAUCAAUGUGUUUUACUGCAUCUCAGCAAUUACCAAAGUGCCUUUUACUGUAGUGCUGCACUCCAUGAAAUGCUGUCGCAUUUAUGCAAAUGAGAGAAAAGAUUUUACUCCGGAGUCUGAAUGAUGUCAAUUUACUUCCUUGAAAAGUCUUAACACUAGUAAUUUCUGCUUCCUUCAUUAACAGGCUCUUCAGAAGUUUUUAUUUAAAAAAAAAAAAAAAAAAGGAAGUUUUUAAAAGCCUUUUUCAGUGUGCUGCCUUGUUGUUAUUUCUGACUGUAAUACGACUGUGGAUACAGUUUCUCAUUGGAAAAGCACAAGAUAACUCCAUGCUGAAAUAAACUGUCCAGUGGGUGGAAGUUAUUCUGUGUCCAAACUUCCUCUUUUCUCACUUUCCUCAACAAUAGGCUGAACAGCUGAUGGUAAAUUAAUGCAGAGAAUGAAGCUUGAUGGGUUCACCACUCUUACACAGAAUGUAAAACCACAGACACAAUUUUAGAAAUAAACACAUCAAUGAUUGUGUCUUGUCGAUGACCAGUUUCCCGAUGAAAGGAAUGAUUUUAUCCCCAAAGUGUCAAAAGAGACCUUGGGCAAGACAAGUGAGACUGUUUAAACAAAGUCAGAAAUGAUUGUAUUU